AUAUUAUUUCGUAGGUCAUUGUUGGAGGAAAAUUCAUACUUUUCCGACUAAGUAUACGUGGCUGUCAUUGUAUUGUUUCUGCAUGUAAGUUAAACGGUACACUCAAAAAUGGCCCCUUCAAAUGCCCUGUGCAUGAUACAAUCAGAAGUUUCACUUAUGCUAACUGCUUUGCGGUGUAGUCACAGGAAUUCUUUUAGGAUGUAUCAAGAUGAUAUUAAAAGGCCUCUGUUAUUGAGUUUCAACCAGUUAAGGUCUAUCCUAAAUGUAUCCAAAAGUGUUAAUGAACUGGAACCAUUGGUUUAUCUUACACCAUUCCUUGAGGUCAUCCGUUCAGAAGAUACAACAGGUCCGGUUACGGGUCUUGCAUUAACAGCUGUGGAUAAGUUUCUAUCCUAUGGACUUUUGGAAUUACCCUCUGCUAAAUCAGACGAAUCAUCUUUAAAUAAAGCUGGGUCGCUUAAUUCUAUCGGAUUAGCAGUAGAAGCGAUUGCCGAUGCAAGUACUCAAGCCCGCUUUGUGGGAACUGAUCCACGCUCUGCAGAGGUUGUGCUAAUGAAAGUGCUGCAUUUAUUACGGACAUUAUUACUCGUUCCUGCUGGAGCUCUCGUCUCAGAUAGAGCUAUUCGUGAGAUCCUACAGAGUUGCUUCCGCAUAUGUUUUGAACCAAAAUUGAGUGAAUUACUUAGAAGAACAGCUGAAUUGUGUUUGGCUUCCAUGAUUCAGUUAUUUUUCAGCCGUCUACCAACUCUUGUUGGAUUCAAAACAGAUCGAGUUGUGCAACAACCAACUGUACAACUUGAAAAUUCGACAAUGCUUUCUCAACCUGAUACACACUCUGAUGAUUUGCAAACAGUCGAUCCUCAACCACAACCGUAUACUAUUGAAACUGUAUGUGAAUUGCUGUCUAAUCUUAUACAUUCCCUUUCUCCUGAGCAUAAUAAAGAGAGUGUGAUUUCUAUUUCAUUAGGACUUAUUACAAUCGCACUAGAGACAGGGGCUGAUGCGAUAGCCAGUAGUCCACGAUUACUUCAUUUAGUUCGAGGUGAUUUAACCAAAUAUUUGAUGCUGCUAUUAUAUUCAGAAGAUGUUUGGCAAUUUGCUGCUACUCUACGUGUAUGCUUUCUCUUGUUCGAAUCCAUGAGGAGUCAGUUGAAGUUACAAAUGGAAGUUUAUCUGCAAAGAUUAACUGCUAUCAUUUCUUCAGAUAAUGAAUCAACGGGUUAUGAACGACGUGAAAUUGCAUUGGAUUCAGUUGUUCGUUUAUUUCUCGUUCCUGGUUUAGCUGCAGAGCUUUAUAUAAACUAUGAUUGUGAUCCGUAUUGUUCUAAUCUGUUUGAAGAUAUCACAAAAAUGUUAGCUAAAAAUGCUUUUCCUGUUGUACGUUUAAUGGGUACUCAUUUACUAGCAUUGGAUGCCCUGUUGGCUGUAUUGAACACUAUUGAAGUCCAGUGCGGUGCGUCACAAGCAACAAUAAUAGAUCAAAAUUCUUCGAACAAAUCUGCAGAUUCGACAAAUUCUUUACCAUUAAUCGAUAAAAGUAGCACUAUUGAUAGUAAGUAUAGAGUGCGACCUAAUCGUCAUUUUGUUGAUUUAACAAAACUGCCAUCUCGAGAGGAAUUAAACGUUUCUAAGUCCAAAAAGAAGUUAUUAAUAUUGGGUUCAGAUCAUUUUAAUACAAAACCGAAACGUGGUAUAACAUUUUUACAAGAGAAUAAUAUUUUACAAAAACCAUUAAAUUAUAAUGAAUUAGCAUUGUUUCUUCGUGAAAAUCCACGUUUAGAAAAACGAAUGAUUGGUGAAUAUAUUAGUGAUCGUGAAAAUAUUGAUGUGUUAACAGCAUUUGUUAGGCAGUUUAAUUUUGUUGGAGUUCCAAUCGAUGAAGCUUUACGUGUUUAUUUAGAAGCAUUUCGAUUACCUGGUGAAGCACCACUUAUUCAACGUAUAAUAGAACAUUUUGCAGAACAUUGGUAUACAUCAAAUCAAUCACCAUUUGUUGAUGUUGAUGCUGCUUUUACAUUAGCUUACGCUAUUCUUAUGUUGAAUACAGAUCAGCAUAAUCCAAAUUCUAAACGACAGAAUGCUCCAAUGCGUAUGGAAGAUUUUAAAAAGAAUUUAAGUGGUAUGAAUGGAAAUCAAGAUUUUGAUCCGAAACUCUUGGAAUCCAUUUACAAUAAUAUUCAUAAUCAUGAAAUUGUAAUGCCUAUUGAACAAACUGGUUUAGUUCGUGAGAAUUAUUUGUGGAAAUGCCUUCUACGUCGUUCAUCCACUAAACAAGCCCUAUUCAUUCAUGUACAAACUGGUGCAUUUGAUGCUGAUCUAUUCGAAUUAAUCUGGGGACCUACAGUAUCUGCUUUGUCGUUUAUCUUUGAUAAAACUACUGAUCCUGAAGUACAAUCUAAAGCGAUUGAUGGAUUUAACCGAUGUGCCACAAUAGCUGCUUAUUAUGGAAUGAGUGAUGUACUAGACAAUUUAGUUAUUUCUCUGUGUAAAUUUACAACUUUAUUAAGUGCUAACGAUAAUCCUACAAAUUUACCAAUUAUGCUUGGACGCAAUACAAAAGCUUGUUUAGCGCUUUAUUUAGUGUUUACUAUUUCAUCUAGACAUGCAGAUAUUUUACGUUAUGGAUGGCAUUCAUUAUUAGACUGUUUAUUACAAUUGUUUCGUGCAAAUCUUUUACCUAAUGAACUACUUGAAUCACAAGACUUUUUAGCAUCUUCUCGUAAAAUUUAUAUAACUACAAAAGGUUGUAUACCUAUAAAGAAGGAAUCAAAAAAUUCACGUCAUUCGCACAGACGUCGUCAAAAAGCAUCCUGUUUACAAAACACUAAUAAUAAUCGUGAAUUAGGUGUAUUCAGUUCAUUCUAUCAAUAUUUAACUACUGGAUCUUCAUGGAUUGGUUCUGGUGAUGAAGAAGAUGAUGAAUUGAAAGAUGAUGAAAAUGAUAAUGAAGAUGAAAAUGAUGAGAUUAAUUUAAGUAAAGAUAUUGGAAUAUCUUCAUCAUUUGAUUAUCAAUCAUUGAAGACGACAAAUUCUGAUGAAAGCAAAUUAUUCAAUAAUAAUAAUAAUAAUAAUUUAUUAAUUAAUCAAAAUCAUUUAUUAUCAUAUGUUAAUCGUAGUCAAUUAGAUGCACAAACAUCUUCUCGAUUCGCUUCGGACAUUGUAAUUCAAUGUCGUAUUGAUCAAUUAAUUGAAGAUAGUAAAUUUUUAGUUGAUGCUUCAUUAACUGAACUAAUUAAAGCUCUGUUAUGUGCUACACGAGGAGAUUCUUAUACUACGCUUUCACAUAAUUUUGAUUCUAAUUCCGUUUUCUCUGUGGAAAGUUUACAGCAUGAUAAUUCUCAUCCCUCAGAUCGAUCGGUACAAAGUUCAUGUUUAAAUAUUGAUUCAGGUUUAUCGUCAUCAUCAUUAGCACCAAUCGAUUCGAGUUCUUUACCUAGUACCACGUUGACAGAGACUGAAGUAUCAAAUAUAGGCGUCUCAUCUCAAGAUCAGAGUCAACAUAAUUCAACAAUGCACGUAUUUCCGCCUCCUUCUCCACCACCAUCAAUACAAUGGACUGGUAAUGGUAAUACAUCAUAUUAUUCACCAUUCAAUGCCGCCGGUGUUACUUCGUCGGAUGAUUGUCGUGUAUUCUGUCUAGAACUACUUAUUCGUGUAUUAAUGCGUAAUCGUGAUCGGUUGGUGUGUUUCUGGUCACUAGUCAGAUAUUACCUUGUUGAUUUACUGUUGUCUUCACGUUCUUCAAAUCUCCUUGUUGAAAGAGUGAUUGUUGGUUUCCUACGUCUAGCCAUCUGUUUAUUACGUCGACAUGAAGUAACCAGUCAAGUUAGUUUUUUUUCUUUAUGA